GGAAAGCGUGCCCAGCAUGGCUCACUCUUUAAUCUGAGUGAACUGGGCGACAUCUCCCAGCACCCCAUUGAGCCAAGCCAUUCCAAUAUGUCUAGUUUUGCAAUGUUACAAGGAACAUUUUAGCAAAUGCAUUCCAGCACGACCAAAUGAAGUUGAGGAAUUCACAGUUUAGUACAGCUGACAAUUUGAAUAAACAGCAUAUGUGAGCCUAUUGAAUAUCUUUAUCGAUUAAAGGGAUAGUUCACCCAAAAAUUCUGUCAUUACUCAGCCUCAAAUUGAAAAAAAAAAAAACGCUAUGGAAGUCAACGGUGUCCAUCAACUGUUUGGUUACCAGCAUUCUUCCAAAUAUCUUCUUUUGUGUUCAGCCGAAGAAAGAAAUUCAUACAGGUUUGGAACAACUUGAGGGUGAGUAAAUGAUGACAGGAUUUUCAUUUUUGGGUGAACUAUCCCUUUAAAGGAGCUUUAAAUACCCUAAAGAUAUCCCGGGACACUCUUUCGCUUUUAGACUUUGUGCAGCCUUAUUUUCUCCAUUAAUUCGAAGCCGUUGCUAUUAUAAUUUCAUCAAUCAGUUGUCUCCGAACGAGUGUAAAUGCUAACUGCAUCGCAAUGCUCUGCAUUUUUGACGGGUUUAUUUUUAGUUGGAAACCGCUGCUGGACUAAAGGUACCGCCCACGCGCGGUUCGGCUGCUGUGGAUCAGACAGACACCCGAGUUGAUUCAACAAGGAGGAACUCACUACUGCAGUCAGAAACCAUGGCAGAGGAAGUAAGACACAUCUUUGGGAAUAGCACGUUUUUCAAUGGGCUACUACCUUUCCUCGGACUUCUGUUGAGCGUCUGCACCGGUGUGUGGGCCAACAAGGUGGUGGUUCCUGAGCAGGUGACUGCAGUGCUGGGGAAAAACGUUACUUUGACCUGUAGGGUGGAGGUCAGCACAGACCUCAGCCUGACCCAGAGUUCCUGGGAACGCCGGAUGCCUUCCGGCACCGUCACUUUGGCAGUCUUCAACCCCGUGUACGGCACCUCCAUAUCUGACGAGUACAGCAAACGGGUGCGCUUCCUCAAGCCUUCGAUGCGUGAUGUAUCCAUUGUCCUGGAGGGCGUGAGUUUCGCCGACAUUGGGACCUACACUUGUAAAGUGGUCACCUUCCAACUUGGAAACAUGCAGGCAUCUACAACUCUGGACAUUAUGGCUGAGCCAAAGGUCUAUGUGUCUCCUGGCUCCUUGUCUCUGCUGGAUGGAGAUGGUGAAACACUGGUGGCGACAUGUACUGCUGAGAGAAGUCGCCCAGCGGCAGAGGUGUUCUGGGAAUCAGACCUGCCGGGUCAGACAACAGUCUUCUCCCAGACGGAGCCUGAAGGCACUACCACCACUUCAGUACACUACCUCUUGGCCCCCACCCGAGAUGCAUUUGGCCAGUCCCUCAGCUGCGUUGUUCGUCACCCAGCCCUAUCCAAAGAUUUCCGCAUUCUCUACAGGCUCAAUGUGUCUUUUGCUCCAGAUGUUAUGGUGAUGGGCCAGGAGAAUGUAUGGUACGUGGGACAAAAAAAUGCACGGCUGGAUUGUAGAGCCAGUGCCAACCCACCUGCUCUUUUGUACCUCUGGACCAGGCUGGACGCACCAAUGCCUGCAGGUGUGGACACAUCUAAUGGCAGCCUGCUGUUUACUCGUCCUUUAAAGCUGAGCGACUCUGGACAAUACAGGUGUGAAGUUCAGAACGAUGUUGGGAAGAGCUUUGAGAAUGUGCGCUUCUUGGUACUAGAGCCGCCACCGACCACUGCAGCCCCCACCACCACCACCACCACCAAGUCCAUCCUGCCUGACACCAGCUUAACCAUCACAGCUCCUAUCAAUCAGCGUGCCCACUUCACCUCCCCGACUCAGGCCUCUCCACCGGACGGCAGUCUGGGCACUAUAGUGGGUGGUGCUGUUGGUGGGAUCCUGAUCCUGGUGUUGCUGAUGGCACUGGCAGGAGCUUUCUACAUGCGUCGACGCCGAACAUUCAGAGGAGACUACUACACCAAGCAGUACAUCGGCCCAUCAGACAUGCAAAAAGAAUCUCAACUGGAUGUACUUCAACCCCAUGAGCUUCAUGAUGUGUACGGAAACGACUCAGGCAAUGGCAGCCAGGACUUGAAGCCCAAACCGGAAGGAGACAUUAUCUAUCCCGAUUAUCCCAAUGACCACAAAGACAUGGAGGCCUGGAGUGACAAUCUCAGCCUUAAGAGAGAGAACACAUAUUACUCCGACCACCACAACCAUCAUAACGUGAACCCCAGUGGGCCGCCUCUACACAACGGCUCCCCUUACCUGCAGGACGAGUGCUACGACAACGGCACAGACAGCGAUUAUGUGUCUCACGUGGAUGGAUCUGUGAUUUCACGCAGGGAAUGGUAUGUUUGAAAAGGCAGGGGAACUUUUACUGGACAACAAUAAUUUAAAGGUCAGCGGAGAAAGUGUUAUUUAACUCAGCAGAGUGAGAUAAAGUGUACAUUUAAAAUGUAUUUUAUGUAUUUUCCGAGCUGUUUACGAUUUCAUCCUCACGUUUUACGCUUAGCAAACGGCUGUACUUUACUGCAGAUAUGUUCUGGAUGGUUGUCGUUCAGUGGACUGCUUUGACUUCAGGAUGUAAAGGGAGAGGUUUACAUGGUUUAUGAUCACAGGGUGGAUUUACACAAAGAAAACAAGUCUGCUAAAAUUAAGCUACACUGUGUGCGUAACCAUUCCAGUUACCACAUUGCACAUAACUGUUAGCUUUAAAACCAGGUGCAGCGUAUUCUUGGCUCUUUCCUUUCACUUUUUUUAUUUUUUAUUUUUUAUUAAAUAUAUAUCUAUAUGACUUCUCCAGUGUAGGAGCAAAACAUCACUUUAGUUUCACAUGAAGAGUCGCAUAACCUGAGUUUGAAAGUCUUGAGUCCUAUGUUUUGACUGCAGGGAAUUUUUUUUUUGUUUUUUAAUCAGUAUUUUGGUCUAGUUUUUUAGGAAUAAAAUGUCUUUAGAAUAAGAUACAUUUUCUUGAGAAGCAAAAAGAUUGCAUAAAGAAUAUUCAAAAAUUACAUUUGGUUUUUUCAUGGAAGAACAUUUUGUUGUUGUUGUUGUUGUUAAUAUCUUUUUGAGCAUAAAUCUAAGUUUUUGUAGGUUUUUGUUUAAAACAAGAAUGAAAAAAGCCAGUGGGGUAAGAAAAAUAAACAUCAUUCAAGAUGUAUUGUGCAAAUUUGACUUCUCAGCUAAGUUAAUGCAAUAUAUUAAAUAUAUUAAUAUGAUAUUGUAAGAAAUGUAAAUAUCUUUAUUCUGUUUAUGCUCUUUUUGCUUCUCAAGAAAAUGCAUCUUAUUGUAAAGGACAUUAUUAAAAAAUUUUCUUUUGGUGUUCCAAGGAAAAAAGUUAAAACAAGGGGGAAAAAAUGUCAUUGAAUAAAUUCAAUAAGUAUUGCUUCUCAGCUAAAUGUAUUUAAUAUAUUAAUAUUAUAUUAUAAUAAAUAUAUUUAAAAUAAGACAUUUUUUGAGAAGCAAAAUUGCAUAAUAUGACAAAAAAAUCUUCAAAAAUGUACUUUUGGUGCUCCAUGGAAGAAAGUUUUUAUUGUUGUUAUUAUUAUUAUUCUUGUUUUAAGAAUAGGUUCAUGUUUUAAAAAGAUGCUAGUGGAAUAAACUUAAUUCAAGAUGAAAUACUUCUCAGCUAAAUUUAAUUUGUAAAUAUUUUUACAGAAAAAAAAUGACAAAAAUACUGAUUAGCAAACCUUUUUGCAGUGUAUGCAUAUAAAUACAGCAUGUUUCACUCAACUCAACACAUGCAGUUUAAUUUGAACCCAGCUUGUCUAUAUUUUGACGCAUAUCAUCACACACCCCUCUUUUUCAUUAAUGGAUAAGUUAGAGAGCAAUGGAAGGAGUCUGCUUUAUGUGGUUGUGCUGAGGACCUGUCAUAGGCUGAUGGGGGGUUGACGUUCGCCACGACAGAUCAAAAGGACCACGGUCGGCCCCUGAGGUUUUACCGAAGCCUUGUGGCCUUUGCCAAUUUAGUUCACUCCUUUUAAUUUUAUGUUGAUUUCUUUUUUUUCUCCAUCUCUCCACCCUUGCUACUCAUACACUCCCGUCUCUGUGUCGAGAGCUUCGGAUUUCCCAGAAUAAACCGUCUGGUGCGCAGCAGACAUGUGCCGCAUGGGCUUCCUCUAGCAUGCUUCACCUCAAAGAUCGAACUUUGUAAUUAAUAUUUUCUGCUCUCUUGCAAACAGACCUCUUUCCAUUCCAUCUUAGAGUUGUGCUGAGCAUCUGUUCGCAAGCAUGCAAGGUUGUUUUUCUCCAUAAGUCUCAAUGGUCACAUGUUGCAUGCCUAUUGAAAAAGAUACAGCAGUUGCUAACGCCUGGAUUCAUUGUUCAUAAAUCAGCGGCAGUGUUGCUACAGCUGUGGUACAGUCUGUUUUGAGUUUUCAAGACAAAAAUCUUUUUUUAUGUGUGUGUGUGUUCAACAAAUUGGGCUGCUUCUCAUCUUUGUAUUAAUGGGGUAGUUAUUUAUGUCACUAAUUAUCAUAAAGAUAGUCUUGACUCUUCCUAAAAAGUCUAUUGAAUCUAGUAUCUUUGUUAUUUUAAUUGCCUUUUUUUCUCAUUUCAUUCAGAAAGUAAUUUUAAACACACACACAAAACUUUUUGUAAAAAUACUGACUCUUGCAUGCAUGUUUAAUGUAACACAAUUUCAUGAAGUUAUAGAAAUGGCAAAACUGAGUGAAAGUUGGCAGUUAAAUUUCAACCUUUCUUCCUUUAUUUAAAAAAAAAAUACAGUAUAUUUACAAGCAUAGUGCCUUUGGACGUAUAUAAAAGCAUCAGAUAUUUAUUCUUUCACCAUUCAACGACACGCUUUUGUCUUCUGUAUUCCCGAAGUGUUAUUUGUGUUUCCCACUAUUACUGUAUUUUCUGGAUUUAUUUGCCUUUCUUUAACAAGAUGACUCUUGUGCAAACUCACUGGAAAUUUACAACAGUAGCACUUGCAAGUGUUACGGUGGCCAGUUGUUGGUAUAUAUUAUUUUUUUGUACAUAUUCUGGCAGGAGAUAUUUGUCUAUGGAAUAAACAUAUUUUUAUAUGAGGCCAGAACAUUGAGCAGAGGAUGUUCACGCUUAGUUAACAUGUGCUUUUUAUCUUCUCAUGUUCAUUUUUUUUAUAUUUAGUUCUCAGGAGUUUGAAAAAUUAUUUUGUACAUAUUAGUUGAUUGAUGACUUGUAAAUCAUUUUGGAAAUGAGGGACAGACAUUGCUUUGUUUUUGAUGCCUUCUGUUUAUAAUAAAAAAGUUCUUUUUGAACAUGUCAAA